ACCAUAAGUGGAAGCCCAUUCUGUAAGCUUACUCCAGAAUUCUUCAGCUCUCAGCCACCAUCCUGCCAACUCAUAUUUCUGCUGUCUCCUUCUGAAUCAGUACUCUUGAUUUGAUUUGAGCUCUAUGACAGUGUGACCUAAAUCUUCAAAUUGGAUCCAGCAUUUUCGCUCGUUGACUCCAAAUUGUCAACCAUCAAUAGAACUCAAUCAAAUAGUAAAGAUCUUAAGUCUCUGAACUUCACUGCUAAGAAAGAUGAUUAAUUUAUUGUUCUUAGUGAUAUUCUUGGAGAUGGCACUGAUAAUGGUACUGCUAUUUAAGACCCCUUUAAGGAAGCUGGUGAUCUUGGGCUUGGAUCGGCUGAAGCGCGGCCGAGGACCCUUGAUGGUGAAGUCCGUCGCGGGAACAAUUAUCGUCGUUUUGCUUUCUAAUGUAUACAGCAUGAUGAAGAUUCGGAAGCGUGAGAUCGAAAAUGGAGCCGCAAAUCCUACUGAUCAGGUUCUUAUGGCCCAGCGCCUUCUUGAAGCUACUCUAAUGGGUAUUGUCAUUUUUCUUGUAUUCAUGAUUGACAGACUACACCACUACAUACGAGAACUUCGAAUGCGAAGAAAGACCAUGGAGGCUAUUAAGAAACAAAUACGGGGGCCCGAAGAUGGAAUAAUUGGAAGUCCAGAAGAAAUGAAAGCCUUGGAAGAAGAACCAGGCAAGUUGAGAGCAGAACUUAAACGAUUGGAAUUUGAACUUGUAUCGAAAACAAAAGAUGUAAAAGUUGCAGAAGCCAAUGCAGUUGCUCUGAGGAAACAAUCCGAGGGGUUCCUUCUGGAGUAUGAUCGCUUGCUUGAAGAAAACCAGAACCUCCGCAAUGAACUUCAUUCAUCUGACCGGAGAUUGUCACACUCUGGUGGCAAGAAGAACAUAUAAACAAAGACCACAUUUUCAUGUGCACUUUUCUGGAAUACCAUGGCACCAUGCUAACAAGAGGUUAUCAAUCUUUCCCAGCAUGUUCUUCAAGGGAAAAAAGUUUUUGCUUUGACUUCAAUUUAGACUUCAUUGCUGAAACAGAGUGAAGCUGCAUAAAUUUUGUUCUAACGAAGUGUGAUCAAUCUUAUUUCCAUGCACAGUGCUGAAUUUUUAUUUUUAUUUUUAUUUUUAUUUGUUUGCUUCUAUAGAUUAUUUCUUUUCCCAGCUUUUAUUUGGUGAAAUAUAGCGAAUUUGUUUUA